GCGUUAGUAGAAACACUGUGACUGAGCAAAAUACAGAGCAAACCAGGGAAUUCCGGUGCAAUUCAAACAUAAUUGAUCCUUGUUUGUUUUCAGUCUGUGAGCAGAUAUGUGGUAGACUCUGCUCCCUUCUAAAGGAGCAGAGUAUGUGACGUUUUGAUCCCUUUUCAACUAAUCCCUGUUAGAAUAGGAUAUGCUGAAAUAGGCAUUGAAACUUGGAAACUGUGCAUGUAGUGGAAGUGGUCUGGAAGCGAGUAGCAAAACACAAUGUGAGUUUCACUGAUCCUACUGAUUUUCAGGGCUUUGGAGAAGUCUGAUUCACAACUGCAGGCAAGGAUAUCUGCUGAUACAUCAUCUGCAGUUUCUGGGACCACAGUUGCAUCUGGUAGCUGUUCCAGUGGGGAUUUCACUGCUGCUGUAGCAUGUGUUAGUAGAACCUCUUGCAUUCGGCUUUGUUGACCCAAGGCACCCCUUCAUAACCACAUUAUUGCCUACUGGAGACUUCUGCAGAACAGAAGGGAACAGUCAGGAAGCAAAGAUGAUCUCCUUCAAGCAACUGCCCCUUGAAGCAAAGGCUGCAGUGGCUGCAGGAAUGGUUUUCUUCUCUAUGAUGCUGUCGCGGAGUUAUCUGGCAGAAAAACUCGAUCUCAGGAUGCGGCACUGGGUUCUAAGGCUGCAGAUGGCACUAUUUACCAAUACACUCAUGCUGAUGGGAUCUCUUCAUGUUUGGAAAAGCACAGUCACCAUGUUCACCAGGUCUUCAGCUGCCAGCUCCCUCUGUUUCAUGCUGUGGAAAAUAGCUGUGUUCAUGUUUCUAGCUUUGGCUCAUUCAAGCUUCUUUACAUUGCUAUGUCUUGUUGCAGAAGAGCCCUAUUUCUUUUCUUUAGCUGCCUACACCUGCCUUGGGGCCUAUAUCAUUCUCAUCUUCUUCCUCUUCACUCUAGGCUCUGUAGAGCAGGCUUACAAGUUCUUGGUGGGGAGAGGCACUAAGGCAGGCACUGGCAACAAGAACAGAACAGCAAUGAAACCAGUUUUGGCAGUCGUGCUGACUCUUGUGCUGACUGUUGUCGGGCUGUUAAAUGCUUCCCAGCCUCCUGCUGUGAAUUCAGUGGAGAUUCCAGUUCACAAGCUGCCCUCAACCAUGACUAACCUGAAAGUGGUGUUGCUUUCAGAUAUCCAUCUGGGGCCUACUGUUGGGAAGACCAAGCUUGCCAUGAUAGUGAGAAUGGUUAAGGCUUUAAAACCAGAUAUCACGGUGAUCGUUGGGGACCUGACUGACGCUGAGGCAGAGAUCAUACGACCUGCUGUUGAGCCUCUUGGAGAACUUGAUUCCCCUUUGGGGACGUACUUUGUCACAGGAAACCAUGAGUACUACACAUUAGAUGUUAGCAACUGGUUUGAGCUGUUAAAAUCUCUUAACAUUCAGCCGCUGCACAAUGAGAAUGUGAAGAUUGUUUCGCCAAAGAGCACUGAUGACUGGUUCUGCCUGGCUGGUGUGGAUGAUAUUGAAGCAGAUGCAUUACGCUACUCGGGACAUGGCAUGGAUUUGAAAAAAGCUCUCAGAGGUUGUAGCAGUGAGCAUGCAAUAGUGCUUUUAGCUCAUCAGCCAGUUGCUGCAAAGUGGGCCCUUCAGGAGAGACCAGACAUAAAUUUAAUUCUCUCUGGCCAUACUCACGGAGGGCAGAUUUUCCCUCUAAAUGCUGGAGCUUAUCUUCUGAAUCCAUUCUUUGUUGGCUUGUACAAAGUUGGGCAGAACACCUUUGUCUAUGUCAGCCCAGGGACGAUGUACUUUGGAAUACCCAUGAGGUUGGGCAGCAGAGCUGAAAUAACGGAGAUAAUCCUACGUUCUGCUUGAGUUUUCCAUUUGACAGACUUCUACUGUUCUUUUUUUGGUCAGUAUAUUGGCUCUUCUGCUGUGAAAGCAAAUCCUUUUUCAGGGAAGCCAGAGAAGAUGUACUGGGCUGAACUUCAGCGGGUUCUAUUAAGUUUAAGCAGAAAACACUAAACUGUAUCUUGGGCCUAUGAAAGAAAUUUGGGGCAUGUUAAAAUACUGAAGAAGUUAGUUCUUUGAGUUCACUAUCAUUGAGAUUCUGCAUUGAAAGGUAAUGCUGAUGUCAUGCAGAUAAUGUGUGUCCUGUGCAUGUUUAGUAAUAUCUGUUUCCUGCACCUACUUGAUUUUCCAAUGUUUGCUAUCUAUCAGGCAGCUGCCUUAUCCAGUCUCAGGCAGGCAAAGUUCUGAUCUCUUGCAGUGAAAUCACUCAUGCAUGUUUUGCAGAAGGGACUGCAGAGUGCCCACUGAGUAUGCAAAAUCUAGAAGUCUUAUGCUAGAAACGUUAGGGGAAGGGAAUAGUUGAGGAUUUUUUUUUUUUAAUUGAGGCUGGAAUCUGUAUCCUUCUAGCUGUCUGCAACAUGCAUGAGGGCUUCCAGUCUGUGCUUACUAGUACAGUAAGUUGCCAGCCAUCAGUUCCUGAAAUCCAAUAUUUUCCAGUUAAAAAGUUGGUGAGACUGAUAUCAAAGGAUGAAAGUAGCAGUCAUUCUCAGGCAUUUCCCCAGAAUAGCUGAGCAUCUAGUAAUUACUUACUGAAAAUAGCUCUAAUAAAAGCAAAUGAGAAAGAAAUUUCAAAAUUAAUUUCUGUUGCUGCCUAAGCAUGCAGUACCUCCUGAUGUAGAGCACAAAAUCCGAAGCUGAAAUACUAAGUGUCUUUUCAUUCUAUGUUUUUUUUUCUUUCUACCUGAUUUCUGCUCUGUCAUUUUUCUCUUGCAAGAGUAAGGAGAUGCCAUUUGAAAACAAUGCAAAUAGGUUAAUGCUUGAACUUUGUUUAAAGGCUUUAAUAUCUCAAGUAAAUUGUGCCCUUUUUCAAGGAGACUAAGCUCUGCAGUGGGUGACUUUCCUUAAGAGCAUUUGCAUAUCAUUGUCCUGGGUGUCUGUAGCCACAGGGCUUCCCUUGCUCUGCCUUUCUGCCCACCAGCACCUGGGUUCCUCUCAGGCAGACCCAUGUAGCAUGGGGCAGAAGAGAGCAGUUUUUACGUGGGAGACUGAGGAUGGCAAGACCAGAACUGAGGUGUUCAGUCUUUUCCUGUGUGAACCUGAAGCACACGACCAUACACACUUCUGUUUUGUUCUUCAGCUUCCAUUCUCGUUUUGAAGGAGGUGUAUUUGAAAAGUGCUAUAAGCUUUGUAAAGUUGAGUUUUUCUCUGAGUUAAUAAAUUUUGAAGUUUCGCUUCAUCCGCUUCCUUCAACCCUCCCCCAGGCAGAGUUUCUAACUGCUAGGCUGGUUUUGUAUCCUGUUCCUAUGUACAAACAUCUUGCCUUUUUACUCAGGAAUAUUGAGAAAUACUGUAAAUGUGUCAUGAAGGUCAGUGGAAUUGUUGGAGAAGUCAGUGCUCUUUUAAUCUGAAAACUGAACACCUGACCACUCAGGCUCUCUACUGGCCAGACUAGAUAAUUUCUGUUUCCUGACACCUAUAAUUUUGUGAACUUUUUUUUUAUGCUCAUGAGAUGAUACCUGCUUAAGUAUCCUGAAGUUUGCAUGUAUAUUUAACGCUGCCCACUGUCUGUGUGGGCAGUGAGUGCCACCACUUUGCAGUCGGUGGCAUAGUGUCAAAUGGUCUUAGGCAGUGAGAAUUUUGAUAGCCUGUAACCCUCCGUUUACUUACCGACAUGCCUUCAGUUAAAAGCUUUUCACUUGUUGCACUGAGUGCUUUACCAUGUAAAGAAGACUAAUUGUUAAGCAAGUUUCCUUAACUGGAGGCAUUUGUUGGACUGAUUUUAGAUGGUGUCAGUUUCUCAGUGAGUUGCUAGUAUUACUUUUUCUUUUUUUUUUUUUUCCUUGCCCUUUUUAUUCUUCUCUUCAUUCUGUCCAAAUGUGUGCAAAAACCUAGCUGAAGAGGUCUUUCCAUUCCAGGAUUUCUUAAUUACUUUUUAUGUGCCUCACUUGGAAGAUUGUAAUAUGUCCUUUCAGAAGCCAAUAUGCAUCCUUUUAGGAGUGGUCAUAUUGUCAUUUCAUAACUUUAUUGAGUUCUCCCACUGUAAUUUAGUUCUUGUUCAAUUUGUUUUCUGUAAGUCUCUCCCUCUGUAAGCUUGUUUGCUUGAUGAUUACUUAUUACUUAACAUGUUUUCUUUCUGUGCCAAAACAUUUCAAAACCUUUUCUUAUUUUGCUUCUUAAAUAUGAAUGGAAAGUAUCUUAGAUCAACUUUCUUCUUGAUAAAAGGAAUUAGCUGUUUCUAAAACCUAAUAGAGUAAUAUCUAACUGUCCUUCAAGGUUCUUCCUAUACAUUUUCCUAUUUGACUUGAAUGUCCACAAUGUAGACCCAUGUUCAGUAUUCCAGAUGAAGAAAAAUUGCUGUGCUGCUUAUUUUGUAAUUUUUUUGAUUUUUUUUUUUUUAAAUUUUGUGUGUGUGCGUGAAAUGUAUUUGAUCUGGAGAACGUAGCUAAAUGAAUAUGUAUUUCUUUCCAUAAAAGGCCAGUUCACUGAGGGAUGGGAGGGCAGUUAAUUACUGUCAGAAUUAAUAGCAGAAUGGAUUAGUAUCAUCACUUUGUGAAAGUUAUAUUUAUUAUAUAAUUACUCUAGAAUGGAUUAAAAAUAUGUAAAAUGUGAUAUAACAAAUGCUUUAAAUGUUGGGAUUUAAUAAAAUUUUAUUCUUAUAUCAAGAAA